AUGUCUGGAAAGCGAGCCGACAAAGCAAAAAACAAAAAGGCAGAUAGGGGGAAUGCUGGAGCCGAGGACGACCCAUCGAAAACUACAGGACCCAACCAAGACGAAAGGGGGCCUGCUCAGACCUUUGAUGACUAUCAGUGCUGUGGUAACGUGGAGAUUGACUUCCCUAGGCUUUGUGCUCUUCUGGGCAUGAAUGAUAUCCCAGCUGUCAGUGCAAAGCAGUCAGAGACUGAUGGAGGAAACACAGAAAACAGCAAGUCCAAGAUAAAUGCUAUGACUCUGUGGCGUAAGCCAUGCCUCUGUGCAGAGCUGGAGAGUGAAGACCCCUGUAGCGUCAAGAGCAUCAAGAUUUUUGGGUGGAAAGUGGACGAGCUGAUUGCUCAAGUGCUUAACAAGAUGCUUCCUUCCUUGAGCAAGCUGCAAAGCCUUCAGCUGUGGCAGGCCAGACUGUCGGAUCGAAUGAUAAUCUCUCUGAAGAACACAGUGUGUGUGUGCGCCAACCUCAGGAGUGUGAUAUUGGAGGGCAACCCUCUUCCAGAGCAGAGUUACCACCUUCUCCUGUCUGAGGACAGUGUCCUCGCUCAGUUGUCACUGCGACAUAACCAGAUGGGAGACGAGGGAGCGCGUCUGAUUGGGUCAGCUCUCUCCACACCCACGUCUGCCAACAAGAAUCUCAUGUCACUCAACCUGGCGUUCAAUUCUAUUGGUGAUGCAGGUGCUGCGUAUAUUGCACAGGGCCUGCGUUUGAAUCGCGCGUUGCUCUUACUUUCACUGUCCAACAAUCGAAUUGGAGACACAGGCGCUGCUCAUCUGGCCAAAACACUUGGUGAGUUUGCUCUAACUCAUGAGGAAAUCAUAGCGAGAAGGAAGCUGCUUCUGGAAAAGGACCAAACUGCAAGUGCACAGUCAAGCCAUCUCACCUCAACUUAAUCGAUUCCCAGCAGCACUUCACUCAGUGGGGCCGUCAGCAAAGGGGCGAACACAGGCACCUCCAAAAAAAAGGAUACACCUAAAAAAGAUGAGAAACCGGCUGCCAACCCAGCAGGGGGCACAGGAAAGAAAGAAGACCCAAAAACUAACAAGAAAUCCACUGAUCCCAAGAUGCCUCGAGGAAAAGGGGGUAAAUUAGGGAACAAAGAGAAACCACCAUCUGCUAUUGAACCGGAGGAUAAGGCAAGUGCUUUACCUAAUGAGACGGGGUUGGUGGAGAUAGAGAGCCCCCUACUGGACCCUGCAGUGCAGCACAGGGAUGGCCAAGUCAUCCUGCCUGGAAACACGGCUCUCGCCUACCUGAACCUGUCGGGAAACAGAAUAACCAAGCAGCUGCUGCCUCUGUUGCUGACAAUCUUGCAGACGCAGCCUGAGGGCCAAGGCCUCCGGCGCCUCUGCCUCCAGAGAAACCGCAUCUCUCCUGCCUGUGAGUCCUUUGUGGAGAUACAGGAGCUCAUGAGCCUCAGAGACCCACUGAGGAAGCCCAGCUGUGGACAGACAGAGGACGAGGGACAGGGGCCACGCCUGAAGUGA